CAUCAGCAUGCAUCUGUAGAGUGCGACUGUCCUCCUGGAGAAACAUUGGCAUAAGCCACAGAACUGCACCCUGAGUUGACAGAAUAGCAAGACUUUCUCUGUAUAAUCUGCAGAGCAAGAACAUUCUGGGAAGGAGAACAGUAAGAAUCAGCAAUGAAAUACAGGACGGAUCUAAUCUAGUGAAUUACCUCUCUACGUCAUCGCACAAUCCACGUCAAGAAGUACCUGCUGGCUUGGCAGCCUUCUCCAUUCACAAAUUCAGGUAUCUCUUUGCUGGCCCAGAGUAAUGCAACUUAAUAUUUACACACUGUGAGGUAUUAACAUGACAACCAGCAGCCGCACAUGUCCAGUACCAGCAGUGAAUGGACAUAUGAGUCACUAUCCAGCAGCGCCAUAUCCGUUACUUUUUCCUCCGGUCAUCGGUGGACUGUCACUGCCUGCUCUUCAUGGACUGCAGAGUCACCCACCAAAUAGUGGAUGCAGCACCCCAUCACCUGCAACAGUUGAAACUCAGAGUACCAGUUCUGAGGAACUUGUUCCAAGCCCUCCAUCACCACUUCCACCCCCUCGUGUUUACAAGCCCUGUUUUGUCUGUCAAGACAAGUCAUCUGGAUAUCACUAUGGUGUCAGUGCUUGUGAGGGAUGCAAGGGCUUUUUCCGCAGGAGUAUCCAGAAAAACAUGGUUUACACAUGUCAUAGAGAUAAAAACUGUGUUAUCAAUAAAGUUACUCGAAAUCGCUGCCAGUACUGCAGACUACAGAAGUGCUUUGAAGUGGGAAUGUCCAAAGAAUCUGUCAGAAAUGAUAGGAACAAAAAGAAGAAGGAACCUUCAAAGCAGGAAUCCACAGAAAACUAUGAAAUGACAGCAGAGUUGGAUGAUCUCACUGAGAAGAUCCGGAAAGCUCACCAGGAAACCUUCCCCUCGCUCUGCCAGCUGGGAAAAUACACUACAAACUCUAGUGCAGACCAUCGGGUUCGACUGGAUCUUGGGCUUUGGGACAAAUUCAGUGAACUUGCAACAAAGUGCAUUAUUAAAAUAGUGGAAUUUGCAAAACGAUUGCCAGGCUUUACAAGCCUGACCAUUGCAGACCAGAUAACUCUACUUAAAGCAGCCUGCCUGGAUAUACUGAUCCUCAGAAUUUGCACACGAUACACGCCAGAACAAGACACGAUGACGUUCUCAGAUGGCCUUACCCUCAAUCGAACUCAGAUGCACAACGCCGGGUUCGGCCCGCUCACUGACCUGGUGUUCACGUUUGCCAACCAGCUCCUGCCUUUGGAAAUGGAUGAUACGGAAACAGGUCUCCUCAGUGCCAUCUGCCUCAUCUGCGGAGAUCGUCAGGACCUUGAAGAACCAAUGAAAGUCGAUAAGCUUCAGGAACCGCUGCUGGAAGCGCUGAAAAUUUAUAUCCGAAAGAGACGACCCAACAAGCCUCAUAUGUUUCCAAAGAUCUUAAUGAAAAUCACAGAUCUUCGCAGUAUCAGUGCAAAAGGUGCAGAACGUGUCAUUACGUUGAAAAUGGAAAUUCCUGGAUCGAUGCCACCUCUUAUUCAGGAAAUGCUGGAGAAUUCGGAAGGACACGAGCCGCUGACACCGACCUCCAACAGCACCACGGCCGAGCACAGCCCCAGUAUCUCACCCAGCUCAGUGGAGAACAGCAGCGUCACUCAGUCCCCCAUGGUGCAAUAAGACAUUUUCCAGCUACUUCAGACAUUCCCAAUACCUUAUGUACAGGGAUGAAAAGCAAGAAAAACAUUUUUACUGCUGCUUAGUUUCUGGACUUAAUAUAUAUCUAUAUAUGUAUAUAUAUAUAGAUAAAACUCAACAAGGACCAAGAAAUUUUCAUAUGUAUCGAUAUAUACUCCUUGCUGUUUAAACUCUUAAAACUAGAAAAUGCAAACUUUUGAAACUCUAAAUCAGCCAUUUCAUGCAAAAAAAAA